AUGCCGAAGACUCGUCGACUUCUACAGCAGGAGAUUACAUACUCCGAGGCCCAAGAUGACCAGAGUAAUAUUCUUCACAAAUUGACUUUUCCAUCCCAGCGGGAUCAAUUUCUUGACCAUGUCUACCGACACCGUUCCUGGAUCCAAACAGUGGUGUCGCAUCAUCUUAACCUCCGGUCAGGGGAUGCUUGCCGGGUUUCCCAACCCGAUGAGUGGCUCCACGGAAGCUUCAACCUAUGUAUUCCUGUUCAGAUAAAUAUACAUAAUGAAUUAGGCACAAACAAAAUGCUUGUCAGAAUCCCGCUUCCUUAUCGGAUUGGUGAGGCUUUCCGACCCGGUAAUGCAGAUGAAAAGCUCCGCUGCGAGGCUGGAACCUACGCAUGGAUGCAACAGACGGCCCCUUCCAUUCGAGUACCACGCUUAUAUGGAUUUGGACUGUCAACAGGUCAAUGUUUCACGGAUAUCGAGAACAUGCCUUUUCUGGCCCGAUGUUUUCAUUCCCUCCGCCGCCGCUUACGGGCAUUCUUCGGGUAUCAGAUCCCCACGCGAUAUGUUCCGCACCCCGUCAAUGACCCUGGUGAUCCGGGUAUGGGCUAUCUUUUGAUGGAAUUUAUCGACGAUGCUCAAAUACUUUCAAAUACGUGGAGCACACAUCACGGCGACGAAAGAUCGCGAGCGAACCUCUUUCAAGAUCUGAGCACGAUCUUUCUAACACUUGCUCGAGUUUCCCUGCCGGGAAUCGGGUCUUUUGUUAUCAAUAAAAAUUAUUACCUAACUUUGUCGAAUCGGCCUCUAUCUUCCGAGAUUCAGGAACUUGAGAAUAGGAGUAUUCCCAUUGAUAUGCCUCGCGACUUCACGUAUUCAACCGUUGACUCUUACGUGAUUGAUCUCCUUGCGUGCCAUGACAGCCGCAUGCAACACCAGCCCAAUGCAGUCAUGGAUCUAAAGGACGGUAUCUACCAGAUCACAGCCUUGACAAUAAUGAAAGCCCUAUUUCCGCAUUUCUUCCAACAUGAACUUCGUCGUGGACCUUUCAUCCUGCAGCUGACUGACCUCCAUCCAAGUGAUAUAUUUGUUGACAGUAAUUGGAAUAUCAAAUGUGUGAUUAACUUGGAAUGGGCAUGUUCGCGUCCAAUUGAAAUGUUACAUCCUCCCACCUGGCUCACAGAUCAGACUGCGGAUAACCUAGAUCUUGAAACAUACAACAAAAUCCGCGAGGAGUUUAUGCAUAUCCUUCUUGAGCAAGAAAAGAUGCUUCACGUUAAGGAAGACCAAAAACCAUCACUCUCGACAGUCAUGGAACAGGGAUGGAAGACAAGAACUUUCUGGUACAGCCUCUGCCUGCGAAGUCCUCUAGGCAUCCACCAAUUCUUCUAUGACCACAUCCAGACCAGGUUCGCAAAGGGCCACAUAGACGACGGUGACUUCUUCCGAAUCAAUAUGAGCUAUUGGAGGGAAGGGGCGAUUCCAUUCCUGCAUGCCAAGGUGAAAGACAAGGACAAAUACGAUAUGCAACUCCGGGAGGCAUUUGAGGUCGAAGACUAA